AUAUUAAUUUAAGUUGAAGAACAUAACUGGAAAUGAGACCCUUCUCGAUAUUAGCUUACGUAUUACUUGUUCUCGGUGUAACUUCUAUUGAAGUUCCCGAGCAAUUUGAUUGGAGGGACAAAGGUCUCGUUACGAAAGUAAAAGACCAAUUGAGCUGCGAUGGCAGUUUUUAUUUUGCCGCUCUUGAUGUCAUUGCAAGUCACCAUUACCUGAAAACUGGUGAAACUUUAGAUUUAAGUGAACAAUACGUUUUGGAUUGUUCUGAUGGUUACAACAAUGGAUGCAAUGGUGGAGGACUUUUAAAUUCUAUAGAUUUUGUUAGGACGAGAGGUGUUGUACUGGAAGAAGAUUAUCCCUACUCAGGCACUGCAGGAACUUGCAAAAUUAACGGUUCCCACAGCCUUUUCAGAACGAUGGGUUUUGUAAUAUUGGCUAGAGACGAAGAGGUGAUCAAAACUGUGGUUGGAACGAUUGGGCCGGUAGGAGUGACUUUUAAAGGACAAAGCUUGGACUCUUAUUCUGGUGGAAUAUACAAUGAUCCCGACUGUCAGCUAGGUCAGUCAUACUCUGGUGUUAUUGUUGGGUAUGGUACUUCCGAUGAAGGAGAAGACUAUUGGACUGUGAAGAUGUCUUACGGCGCUAGUUGGGGCGAAGAAGGUUACAUGAGACUUGCAAGAAAUACUGGAAACCAGUGUGGUGUUGCUGAUGGUGCCAUAUAUCCAAUACUAGAUAAAUAAAUGUCUACUCGUAUGUAAUUUAAUGCUAAAUAAAUGAACGAUUAAUAUUCAA